UUUUGUUUUGCUCAAAAACUGAAUAGAAUUUUGUGAUGACAAAAAUGGCCAGAAACUGUUACCCAUAAAAACAACAUGGAAAAAUCGAUCACCAGCAAGUGCAAAAAGUUGAUAGUGGCUGCCAUAGACUUUGGGACCACCUUCUCGGGGUAUGCCUUUUCUUUUCGAGAUAACUGGGGCAAGGUUCUGACCAAUAACUGGCAAGGUGGCUCACUAAUUUCUCACAAAGCUCCCACGGUACUUCUACUGAAUAGUAAAGCAGAGUUUGUUGCCUUUGGAUACGAAGCCGAGGAUAAAUAUGCCAGCCUGACGGAGGAGGGGGAUCAUGAAGACCACUACCUGUUCCAGAGGUUUAAAAUGAUACUACAUCAGGAUGAGGAAUUGAAUAGAGGAGUAAAAUGUAAGGAUGUCAGUGGGAAAGAGUUAGAAGCUGGUCAAGUGUUUGCUCACUGCAUCAGAUAUUUAAAGAAACACCUGAUAGACGAGAUCAAUAAGAGUACACUAGGCACCACUGACUCCGACAUCGAGUACGUGUUAACCGUACCUGCUAUCUGGGGAGACAAGGCCAAAAUGUUCAUGAGGGAGGCUGCUGUAAAGGCUGGAAUCAAAGCAGAUCAUUUGAUAAUGGCAUUAGAGCCAGAAGCUGCUUCAAUUUAUUGUCAACACCUUCCUUUUGAAAAGCAAGAUUUAUCUGCCACAACACUAGGAGUUGUCAAACCAGGAACUAAAUACAUGGUGGUGGAUCUAGGGGGAGGAACAGCCGAUAUAACAAUCCACCAGAAAGCAGAGGACAAUACCCUAGAAGAACUAAUGCCGGCUAGUGGGGGACCCUGGGGAGGAAAGUCAGUAGAUGAUGCCUUCAUGAAAUUUCUCACAGACCUGGCAGGGGAAAAAGCUAUGAAAAAUUUAAAAGAAGAAAGCAUGGAAGAUUAUGUUGAAAUUCUCAGAAGUUUUGAAACCAAGAAAAGAACUAUUUUACCGGAGAAGGAAGGUAACACAACCAUGACUAUUCCGCAGUCGUAUUUUAACCAGAGUAAGAAGUGUCAUAAGGUCAAGGACUUCAAGGAGAUUAUAGACAAUAAUACAACGAGUAAAGGGAAAGUAUCAUCGGCAGCAGGAAAACUCAAGUGGAAAAACGAACAUUUUAGAGAAUUUUUCAAAAAAACAAUUGACAGUAUUGUCAAACACAUAGAUGAAUUAUUUCACGAAGAACUGGUCCGAGAUGUAGGUAUUAUUUUAAUGGUUGGUGGAUUUUCAGAAUGUGAACUUGUACAAAAAGCCAUUAAAGACCACUUUAAGGAUAAACGAGUGAUAAUCCCUGAGGAGGCAGGGCUAGCCGUGGUAAAGGGUGCAGUAUAUUUUGGUCAUGUACCUCAGGCAAUCUCCCGUCGAUCUGCAAGGUACACUUACGGAAUCCAAACUUGGCCUGAAUUUAAUGAUAAUGUACAUCCAAAAGGCAAGAGAAUCGUUAUCAAUGGAAAGCCACGAUGCAAAGAUGUUUUCUUCAAGUACGUUAAAAAAGGAGAGCGGAUCACCCCAGGUUUCUCAAAGUCGCAGAUAUUCCAAGCUCUGGGUGCUGGAGAGGAUGGACUUGAGUGUGCCGUAUUUAUUUCAGAUAAUCCUGAUCCUAAGUUUGUAGAUGACAAAGACUGUAGAAGACUGGGUAUUCUCAAAGUCCCUAUAUCAAAGAGAGAUACUUACUCAGACAUGCAUGUGGAAAUUGAAGAAACUAUGAUAUUUGGAGAGACUGAGUUAAGAGUGAGAGCAAAAGAUCUCUAUACUGGAACUGUACAGGAGGUUAUAUUUGAUUUGUUAAAAGAGUAGAUCCUUUUUUACAAAGGAGUUUUAGUUUGAAUCAGAACAAAUUUUUGAUAGGAUUGAUUAUACAGGGCGUUUCAGCAAACAUGUCCCAACUUUGCAGUUUCAAUACAAAGUUAGAGAGUAUUAAUGUAAGGAAAUUUUAGCAAAAAUGAAAAAUACAUAAUCAAACAAUUUUAACAAUAUGAAAGUUGAAGUAAUGCAGCAUCAUUUAUUUUUGAGACAGGCAUUUUUUAGGAUUGGAAAUCAGCAACAGUUUUCAAUUUAUCUUCAUUUUUUAUGUCUUUGAAAUGGCUGCAAUGUUUUCAUUCAGCAACCUCAUUUUGUCUCUGAAGUUCUGUAUUGCUUAAACUUUUACAUCAUUUAAAAAGUCUGUUUCCUGGAAAUAUGGUUCUUAUAUGAGCACUUCUUUUUUCAAAAUCUUAUGCACUAGUAAUUUUGGAGAUUUUUUCUGUUUGCACAGUUUAGUUAAAAAUAUCCAUAGAUUUGGGGGUAAAAAAAACCCUGACAACCUGACUUUUGAAGAUGUAAUCAAAACUUCAAUGGAAAAAAAUUAAUGAUGUUAUUUUAUAUUGUUUAUAGCACAAUUAUAUUGCCGGAAAAUGUACUAUUAAAUACAGUUAUAAUUUUGUAAAUAUUGUUUUAUUGUGCAAAAAUAUAGACAUGUUAGAGUCGGGACGUGUUUGUUGAAACACCCUGUAAUAUAUAUAGAUCAUCAAACAUUAUUUAUACUAUAUCUCUUUUUGGAAAACAAUAAAUAGAAAUUAGAUUCAUGUAUAUUAAAUUUUAACUUGGGGGGAUGCAUUUGUAACUUUCUUGAAAUCAAUACUAGUAAAGUAUAUGUACUUUUAUUUAUAUAUAUUAAACCUUUAAUCCUAACGGGAGGAGGGAGUUAGUAAAUUUCUUUGUCUUCAAUUUAUAAAAUAAAAGGAAUUCUUAUAUCAGUGCAAAAAAGAACUACUGUGUUUAGCCAAUUUAGCCUGCAAAUACUGUAAUUAUUGUUUGGAUCAGAAGCUGAGCUUUUCCUUUUUUACAGCAAUAAAAUAUACGAGUGUAAUUUGUUUCUAAUGCUAUUGUGUUCUAAUCACACAAACUAUAUACAAGUAAUUUCUGUUAAAUUAGUAACUUUUUUUAGUGUUAGAUAUUUUUCUUGUAUUUUAUACUGCAUUAGUUGUUAUAUUAAAUGUCCUGUUACUUACUAGAA